AUGGAGGCCACGAUGACGACACAGGAGCUCCAGCUCUGUCAGCAUUUGAUAGAGCUGCCUCGACAGCACAGCUACCGCUACACCGAUGGCGCAUGUCGCGACCUCCUCUACAACUUGUUCUGGUCGAUGGCAGGUGGGAAGCCAGAAUAUAUGCGACUAUUCUUUCCUGACGGGAAGCUCUCACCAAAGGGGAUUCUCAAGCUGCGCGACGCCCAGGGUGCCGUGGAUGGAGCGGAAUACACAGAGGCUGCUCGUGGCAAGGCGUGCGGCCACAUCUUUAGGGCAGGCGAGGUCACUUACGGCUGCCGAACCUGCAGCACUGACGAGACCUGCUGCCUGUGCAGCAAGUGUUUCGAGGCGACAGAUCAUACGGGCCACAUGGUACGGAUAUCCAUCUCGCCUGGGAAUAGCGGAUGCUGUGACUGCGGAGAUCCGGAAGCAUGGAAGACACCGAUGUUUUGCACCAUACACAGCCUCCGCGAGGACCAGCGCUCCAAAGGCAAAGAGAAGGAGACGCCUGCACUGCCGCAGGAUCUCGUCGACAACAUUCGCAUGACGAUAUCCCGUGUCCUCGACUUCAUCUGCGACGUCAUAUCCUGCGCUCCCGAACAGUUGCGACAACCCAAAUCCAGAGAAUCGAUCGAACGAGAUGAACGGCAAUCGCGGCUCUCAUCAUCCUACUGUGGUGGCGACACGGAAUCACCUGGGGAGUUUGCGCUAUUGCUUUGGAACGAUGAGAAACACACAGUCACAGAGGUGCAAGAACAGGUCGCCCGCGCCUGCAGCACGACAUCAGAAGAUGGAUAUAACGCUGCUGUAGAGACCGACACCAUCGGCAGAAGCAUUCUCAAAUACGACAGUAACAUCGACAACUUGCUGUAUUGCGCGACCGUUCUUGAGCAAAUUAAGAUCACUGUCACCAUACGGUCCUCUCGCGACACAUUCCGUGAGCAGAUGUGCGGAACGAUGAUCGAGUGGCUCCAUGACAUAGCGGGCUGUGUUGUCGGUAGCGACGAAAACAUCUUGCGGACAGUCAUCUGCGAAGAGCUUCUGAAGCCCUGGCGAAAGGGAAGCCCUGCGUCUCACGCUAUUGCUGGCAAGGACGGCAUCGAGGACGAGGAAAAGCUGGAUCGUUAUCACAUCGAUAGUCAAGCUGCAGCAAUCUUCAUCCGACGAGCAAGGAUCAUCGCGGAGGACGGAAACGGAGGGAUCGACAUUGACUUCGACGUUGACACCGACGACGACGACGAGCUCAACGACACGCCACCUAGUGGGGAUGAAAUAGAUGAGGACGUCAACGAUUUCGAUGAUGACGAUGAUGGUGAUGAGGACGUCCUCAUGCUUGAUUCCAGAGGCGAAAGCUCGAAUGAUGUCAACAUGGGCGGAUGGAGCGGGGGACCGAUUGGGGAGGCGCUCGAAGAAGAGGAGGCGACCAUGGCCGGAUAUCCUCCACCGCCUCCGCCACCUGCGGCAGCGGCAGCUGUUGUUCCCCGCGUGGUUACGACACGAGACAGAGAGUUGACACCCUCGGACUCGGACACAGCCGAGCCUCUGAUUGCUCCUUCGGUAUAUGCCAAAAUCAAUCUCGAGGUCCCAAAGACUCCCGGGCACUCAAAGGCCGACAAGUCCAGUCCGCCACGGCCUGGUCGCUAUUGGGUUGAAACACCAGCCGCUUACGUGGAGCGAAAUAACAUCCACCCAUAUGAGGAUGUGUUCCAGCGUGUACGGCUUGACUGGCUGAUCCUGUUCGAUUUACGAAUGUGGAAAAAGGUCAGGAACGACCUCCGGUCCUUGUAUAUCUCUACAGUUGUGACGAUACCAGAGUUCAAGCGAGUCCUAGGACUGCGGUUCUCUGCCUUGUACACGCUCCUGGCGCAAUUGUAUCUGAUCGGCGAUCGAGAGCCCGACCAUUCCAUCAUCAAUAUCUCUCUGCAGAUGUUGACAACCCCGUCCAUCACGGCAGAAGUUGUUGAGCGUGGCAAUUUCCUGACGACGCUCAUGGCCAUUUUGUAUACGUUUUUGACAACACGCCAGGUCGGCCAUCCCUGGGAGGUCUCAUCUACAGGCACUCUUGGUUUCGACACGGGCUCUGUCACAAACAGGCGCAUGUAUCACUUCUACAUGGACAUGAAGUACCUGUUCGGUUCCCCCCAGGUUCAAGAACGGCUGCGGGUGGAAGACAGAUAUCUAAUGCAGUUUCUUGACCUUGUCAAGCUGCACCAGGGUAUAUGUCCAAAUGUCCGGGCUGUUGGCGAGCACGUUGAGUACGAAACAGACAACUGGAUUGGCGCCUCAUUGAUGACGCGGGAGAUCAACAGGCUCUGCAGGCUGAUUCCCGACUCAUUUCGAGGGUUGCAAGAACCCGAGUGGCCCUAUGUGUCCAGAGCAAUCCGCACCACCGCGAAGCAGGUCAUCAUCAACUCCAUUGGCGCUGAAAGAGGGCGCUUCACCCAGUCGGAGAUCAAGGAUGAAGUCCGCUUCAAGAGUUUGAGUGACUUCGAGUUUGCUGGUGUCAGUCGUUUCGAGGUGCCCAAGUUCGUAGUCGAGGAACAGCCCAUCAGUUUCCACCACGCUCUUCAUUACACGCUCUCCUGGUUGAUAGAGUGCGGCAAGCACAUGCCGGCGUAUCAGCUGAGCUCGCUCUUGAGCUUCACAGCGCAGGACCUCAAAAUGAAACCACGUUCGAUGGGCCGCAAGAAUCUGCCCAAGCGCGACUAUGCCCCUGAAGACUAUCUCAUGGCUGCAUUUGACUACCCUCUGAGAGUUUGCGUAUGGCUUUCUCAGAUCAAGGCGGGCAUGUGGGUGCGCAAUGGAAUCAGUCUUCGCCACCAAGCAGGCACUUACAGAAAUAUUCUCCACCGCGAUGUUACACACGCACGAGACAUAUUCCUUCUCCAGACAGCGCUGGUUGUCUGCGACCCGAGCCGCGUCCUUGCAUCUAUCGUUGACCGGUUUGGAAUGGACAAAUGGGUCAAGGGAUUGUACGAGCAGACCUCGGCUGGGCAGGAUGAGACGCAGCAUUUGGAUGUGGUGGAAGACAUGAUCCAUCUUCUCAUCGUCCUUCUCAGUGACCGCAUAUCUCUGAUUCCCGUUGCCGACGAGCAUGAGAACCACCUCAUGGCCAUGCGGCGCGAUUUGGCUCAUGUACUCUGUUUCAAGCCACUCUCGUUCAACGAAAUCUGCAACAAGCUGCCCGAGAAGCUUACUGAGCAGGACGACUUCUACCAGGUUCUCGAUGAGGUAGCAACAUUCAAACCACCCGAAGGUGUUUCCGACGUCGGCACUUUCGAACUCAAGACACAUUACGUGGAGGACAUCGAUCCAUACAUUGCUCACUACAGCAAGAACCAGCGCGAGGAGGCUGAGAACGCCUACCGUUCACACAUGGCGAAGAAGACUGGCAAGGCUAUCGACGAGAUAGUAUUCGAGCCACAUUUGCGACCUAUCCCGUCAGGCGCCUUUGUCGGCCUGCCCUUGUUCACAGGCACUGGCAUGUUCGCUCAAAUUAUCUACUACAGUCUGCUGUAUCCCCUCGUCUCAGCCAAGACCACGGCAUCAGUCCCGUUUACAAGAGUCGAGACAUUCUUGCACGUGGUCCUGCAUCUCAUUCUCUUGGCUAUCGAUGAAGAAAAGCCCGGUUCACCCACGUGGAGUCGAGAGACUUCUUUCAUUUACCAGGCCCUGACCACUCAAGGUCGUAGCAAUUUCAUGGCUGAAGCACCAGCUGCCAAGACCAUAGUCUCGCUCCUGGAGAUGAUGACCUCAAAGGAGGAAUUUAAGGCUUGCCACCUCAAGAUUGAGCUGAUACUCAAGCGGAUGCGCCAGAAGCUGCCUCAGCAUUUCGACGUGGCGUGUGUCCGUCUCGGGAUUCCUGUCGACCGAAUCGACACCGCUUCGCCGGCCAGCGCGCAGAACGCGGAGGAGGAGCGUGAGCGCAAGAAGCAAGCCGCCAUGGCGCGGCAGGCCCGGGUCAUGGCUCAAUUCCAGCAGCAACAAAAGAGCUUCCUUGAGAGCCAAGGUGACGUUGACUGGGGUGACGAGGAGUUGGAUGCUGCCGAGGAUGAGGAGCCUAGCGAGGAGCGCAAGAAUUUCUGGAAAUAUCCAAAAGGCACGUGCAUUCUCUGUCAGGAGGACGCGGACGAUGGACGCCUAUAUGGCACUUUUGCCCUAUUCACACAGAGCAAGAUCAUGCGGCAGACCGACUUCCAGGACCCUGAUUUCGUCAGAGAUGCUGCCAACACACCCAUCAACCUUGACCGUUCUGCCGAAGACAUCCGCCCCUUUGGUCUGGCACACGAGAACCGGGACAUGGUAGAAAAGAUCAACGCUGCUGGUGAGCCAUUCUUGGCUGAAAGACAAGGCGUGGGGAAGGGUUUUCCAGCACAGCUGUGUCGCUCUGGCCCAGUAGCUGUCGGCUGCGGACACAUCAUGCACUAUAGCUGUUUCGACAUGUAUGGCGAUGCUACAGUCCGCCGGCAUGGUCACCAGAUUGCGCGACAUCAUCCCGAGUCUCUCGAUCGUCUCGAGUUCGUUUGUCCCCUUUGCAAGGCGCUUGGUAAUGCCUUCCUUCCUAUUCCGUGGGAAGGGAAGGAAGAGUGCUACCCUGGAUGUUUGCAGACGGAAACGGAGUUUUCUUCGUUCAUCGACGAGAAUAUCGCGUCAGAGCAUUUCAACGACUCUGAUGCGCAAACUCUCAACGAGGAAGCCCAGGCGGCAUUUGCAAACUAUGUGCGGCUUCGCAUGCCCGAAAGGUUACAAGAAGGCACAAAUCAGCUCGUCAUGGAUUCCUGGCGACCCGAACCUCGAUCUCCUUCGUCGAGCGUCGCGUACAGUGCUUUUAGUGAUGCCUUUUCCGUUGCGACACCGGAGUCGAGUGUGCGUUCCAGGUCGCCAUCUGGGUCUCACGCUGGAGACAAGGAUCUCAUGGCAGUGUAUCGAAGACUGCGCGAGACCCUCCACCAGAACAAGCUUACGCCGAAAAUCAAUACCGAGACGAAAGAGGACGAUCUGUAUGGCAGCAGUACUCUUGCGCAAGCUGUGGGCGUCUCUAUUACAGCUGCCGAGAUACAGCAACGAGGUGUCGAGGCCCAGUAUGGCAUGACCUUGCUUGAUAAACUGCCUGAACACCUUCUCGUGCAGUUGCGGAUUCUAUCAGAGACGGUGGCUUCCUACUUGUCUAUAGGCGGCCUCAGAUUCUCCGGAGAUAAUCACAUCAGUCAAGAGUUCCGCCGCGACAGCGAUCUUCAGCAUCGCCAGUUGUUCUCUGCCAUUUACGGCAUCAACAAGGAUGGACCUCCGAGCGCGCUCACCAAUCAGCCUUCCUUGCUCAGUCAGGACCCGUUCAUCUUCCUUUGCGAGUCAGCUUUCGGCGUUGCUAUCGCGAAGGACAUAGAAAUCAUGCAUCUUGUCCGACUCUGCUACCUGGCAGAGAUCGUGAGGGUUGUAUUUCACAUGUCCCGCAAUAUCGCAUUCGGAAAAUGGGUGGAAGACAUGGGGAAGCGGAACACGGACGACGCGGCUUUGGGCAAUUUUGCCAAUUUCUGCCACGCGAUUACAAUGGCAGGCAUGAAUGCCAGCCAUGAAGCCUCUGAAGAGGCUGACGACCUUCCCAACAUCGGCUUUGACCAGCCGAUGCUGGAAGGGUUGGCAAACAUCCAGUCUUUUGUCAAGAAGUAUGCAUUGGUGUUCUUGCGCAAGGUCGUUAUUCUCCUCCACGUCCACUACGGAGUAGACUUCAACAGCCACACAUCGACCUGCCCUGAUGCGGAUGAGUUGACUCGACUGACGGCUGCGCUGCGCCUGCCAUCCUUUGACGAGAUGUGCGCAGCUUUGACUCCCUUUGGUAGAGAAUGCGGAUGGUCCGCAAACACGACUGAUCUGGUCCGAGGCUGGAUUCGUCAUCAAGUCAUCUGGACCAGCACCAACCCAGAAGGCGUUGGCAGCAAUGACAAUGUUCAGCUGUCCAAAUCUGCCUGCGUCAGCCAUCCAGGUAUCUUCGAGCUGGUUGGCCUUCCAAAGACGUACGACACCCUCAUCGAGGAGUGCGCACGACGAAGAUGUGCCAAGACCGGCAAAGAUCUGGCCGACCCCGUAGUAUGCCUCAUGUGCGGCGAGAGCUUCUGUGGUCAGACUAUGUGCUGCAUGAUGGAAUACCGCGAAGAACCACACAAGCCGGUCAUGCGGAUCGGUGGUGCCCAGCAGCACAUGCUGUUUAAGUGCCAAGGCAACAUCGGCCUCUUCAUCAACAUCCGCAAGUGCGCCAUAUUCUACCUGCACCGGACAUCGGGCAGCUUCAGCCACGCACCAUACAUUGACAAGUGGGGCGAAGUCGACAUUGGCCUGCGGCACGGCAGGCAGCUGUUCCUGAACCAGCGCCGAUACGACACGAUGCUGCGCAAUCUGUGGCUUGCGCAUGGCAUCCCGAGCUUCAUUAGCCGCAAGCUUGAGGCGGACAUCAACAACGGAGGGUGGGAGACUAUCUGA